AUGACCAUGGAAUGCCACAGCGAAAGGAUUAUACUGGAACGGCGCAGCGAAAGAUUGGCCAUUCUCCAAAGGCUGAAACCCAUUUCGUACCGAGAAACGGGAGUGAGGAGGUACAAGGGAGCUUGGGUAACAUGUUGUGACCUGGUUUAUGCAAGAAUAACAUUGUGCUGUGGCCUGCUUGCAUUUCAGUGUAUGUGGAAAUGGUUCGUGUUCUUCCCAUUGCUCUUAGGUUCAGGAUUUUGCUUAUACAAGCAAUGCACCAGAGCUGCACUGCAUGAUGGAAUCAUCUUGGAGGGAGGUUGCAGCUGGGUGGUUUUUCAUUUUGGUUUUUUUGGAUGAUACAGAAAAAGUGAGGAAAUGCCAAAAUGGACAGAUUUGCUCAUCCCUAACGGACUCGCAGGGGAUGAGCAAAUCUGUCCAUUUUGGCAUUUCCUCCCUAACGGACUUGCAAGGGACGCGGGUGGCGCUGUGGGUUAAACCACAGAGCCUAGGACUUGCCAAUCAGAAGGUUGGCGGUUUGAAUCCCUUGACGGGGUGAGCUCCUGUUGCUCGGUCCCAGCUCCUGCCAACCUAGCAGUUUGAAAGCACCUCAAAGUGCAAGUAGAUAAAUAGGUACCGCUCCGGCGGGAAGGCAAACAGCGUUUCUGUGCGCUGCUCUGGUUCGCCAGAAGCGGUUUAGUCAUGCUGGCCACAUGACCCGGAAGCUGUACACCGGUUCCUUCGGCCAAUAAAGCGAGAUGAGCGCCAUAACUCCAGAGUCGGCCACGACUGGCCCUAAUGGUCAGGGGUUCCUUUACCUUUACCUUUAAUGGACUCGCAGUGGCUCUUUGGGGUUUCAGACAGGGGGUCCUUGGCAGCCCUACCUGGAAACACCAGGAUUUGAACCCGGUUCUUUUGGCAAUGCAGUCAUGUACUGCUGAGUUAUGAGUUCCCCUCCCAGUAAGGUCCCCUCUCUCGCCACAAAAAAACCUUUGAACUUUCUUUUCUCAGGGUUUUCAAAAGAAUCCGCAGGAAGCGCAACUCUCUUGCCUCAGAAGCAAAAUGGGAUUCCAAAACCUGGAAGGAGACUUGCUCCCAGAAGAGUUGGGGGGCGAAAAGCAGUGGAUCGGAAGACCUGAUGCAGCCUUGCUGUAGUGAGUGUGCUCAUCGGCUAAGUGAAGUGAGGCCUUUGGUUUAACUUGCCUCGUGCAUGUUCAGUGUGUCUCAUAGCAUCAUAGAGUUGGAAGGGUCCCCGAGGGUCAUCUAGUCCAACCCCCUGCAAUGCAAGAAUGUGUGGUUGUCUCAUAGGAGGUCGAACCUGCAACCUCGCCAUUAUCAGCACCACACUUGAACCAACCGAGUUGCAGUUUUGUUUGUUUGUGUGUAGCACAAACGGCCUUAUUCGGACAUCGCAACAUUUAAUUCUGCUCCCUCAGUGGCCAAGCGAGACACGGGCAUGUCACUUUAAAUCAUAGCUGAGCUUAAAUAAAAACGGGACCGAGUGAAUUGCAGCAAGCUUCAGCAGAUCCAGUUAGGGAUCCAGUUUAUUAACUACAGUGGUACCUCUGGUUGCGAACGGGAUCCGUUCCGGAGGCCUGUUCGCAACAUGAAAAGAGCGCAACCCGCAGCGGCGCAUCUGCGUAAUGUCAUUUCACACUUCUGCACAUGCAUGAGCGGCGAAACCUGGAAGUAACCCUUUCCAGUACUUCCGGGUCGCCGUGGGACGUAACCUGAAAGACCGUAACAUGAAGCGGACGUAACAUGAGGUAUGACUGUACAGUGGUACCUCGGGUUAAGUACUUAAUUCGUUCUGGAGAUCCGUUCUUAACCUGAAACUGUUCUUAACCUGAAGCACCACUUUAGCUAAUGGGGCCUCCUGCUGCUGCCGCACGAUUUCUGUUCUCAUCCUCUUAACCCGAGGUAAUAUUUCUGGGUUAGCGGAGUCUGUAACCUGAAGCGUAUGUAACCUGAAGCGUAUGUAACCCGAGGUACCACUGUAUUGCAAUAGGACAGAGCCCAGUUUAAUGGGGUUUUGACAUAUUCUGAAUGUCACAGAAUCAUAGACUUGUUGAGUUGGAAAGGAGCACUGCAAUGCUGGAAUCUUUUACCCAACAUGCGGCUCAAAUCCAUAACCCUGGGAUUUAGGUCUCAUGCUUCAGCAACUGGUGUUCUGGCUGAACCACCAGUUAAAAAAAGUCUGUCCCUGAUAAGUUGUGGGUGAACAUAUCAGACGACACAGCGAUUCUUCAAACAGCUCUUGUUUAUUCACCGGCCAGAACAGAACUGAACUGAAGGGUUCAGCCAGCCUGCUUAUAUAGAGCUCCACUAGAAGGCAACAGUAACCAUUUUCUGUAACCAUCCAAUCACUGAACGUCACUUUCAAUCCCUUAUUUGCAUAUGUGGACCUGAGUGAAAACUAUCUACAGUAUCCCCCUGCUGGCCCAGGGUGAGAACUUCAGUACAUAACAGUCCCAAACAAAGCUUAUAUAGUGGCUCAAACACAGCGCACAAAGAGUCAAGCAUUCUUCUACAUACAUCAAGAAAGGCUACAGGUCAUGAGAAGUAAAACAUGCAUAGCUCCAUACUGGCAACUUCACCCCCACAAUUACCUUGAGGUGCCCCUCAACUGCUCAGGCCAUUGGGGUCUCAGAUGUCCUCCUUUAUCACUGUUUCCUCAGCAUCCAGCCCUUCGAGAGGGUUGUUGACAUUCCUGCCCUUAUCUGUUCCUUGGAAGCUCUCAAGGCGAUUGCGGCGCUAACUCACGGCAGACAUAGCAAAACAUCUUGCCAUUUGCGCCACUUUCAGGGUCAGAUAGGAAAGGGAAUGCAGCGCAGGAGUCAUAAAAUGCAGGCCUGCAAAAUCAAGCCUAAUGCCAAAGAUUCAAUACCAUUAAUAUUGGAACAUUAAAAACAAAACAAAGAAACCAAACUCCUGGUCUCUAAUUCCUUACAUCAAAGUGGUAAGAAUUAUAUUGUAAAACAGCAUCUCCCUUGCAUUUUGAGAUUCCAGAAUAAAAACUGGUAUGCAUAAACCCACAAUGCAGUUUUGCAUUCCAGACCCGAGUUUGAUUCCUGUCCGGGUUUUCAGAGGGGCUAUGAAAGAUACAAAAAUGUACCAUAAUGCAACAUUUCCACUGAGCGCUGAGAUACUACAGUGAUGUUUGGUGGGUGUGCUUAGGACAUAAUCCGCAAAUCGGCAUUUGGAAUCGAGUUCAACUUCCCACAACACUUGCUUUAUGGGGUGAAGGAGAUAAGGCCUAAAGUAAACACUGUGCGAAGCGGAAUGUGCAAUAUGGUAUCUUGAGUGAGUUAGCUCAAAUGCUGUGCCAUACUAGUCUCUAUAGCUUUAUUCUCUUUUUUUAUUCUCUUUAUUCUCAAAUUAUAAGAAGGCAGUUAAUUUAAUUUUUUUUACUGCAAACAUUACAGUGGCACCUGGGUUCUCAAACUUAAGCUGUUCCGGAAGUCCGUUCCAAAACCAAAGCGUUCCAAAACCAAGGCACCCUUUCCCAUAGAAAGUAAUGCAAAAUGGAUUAAUCCGUUCCAGUUUUUUAAAAACAACCCCUAAAACAGCAAUUUAACAUGAAUUUUACUAUCCAACGAGGCCAUUGAUCCAUAAAAUGAAAGCAAUAAUCAAUGUGGUACCUCAGGUUAAGUACUUAAUUCGUUCUGGAGGUCCGUUCUUAACCUGAAACUGUUCUUAACCUGAAGCACCACUUUAGCUAAUGGGGCCUCCAGCUGCCGCUGCGCCGUCCCAGCACGAUUUCUGUUCUCAUCCUGAAGCAAAGUUCUUAACCCGAGGUACUAUUUCUGGGUUAGCAGAGUCUGUAACCUGAAGCAUAUGUAACUUGAGGUACCACUGUACUGUACUAUAAAAUAAAUAAGACAAUACUGUAGAUGAUAAAAAUUAAAAUUAUUAUUUUUUCUUAUCUGCAUGGAUGAUAGUCAUUAUCCAUUUCUGCAGUCACACAAUCAAUCAAUUAAUCAGUAGCUGAACUGGGUUCCACACAGUCACAAAAACAAAUUAACCGAAAAAGCCUCAAAAACAAAAACACAAAAUAAAUAGCAGAAACAAAAGUGCCAAACUUAAUUCGUUCCAGAAGUCCGUUUGACUUCCGAAAUGUUUGAAAACCAAGGCGCAGCUUCUGAUUAGUGCCUGGAAGCAAUAGCUGACAGCCGUAUUGGACAUUCGGCUUCCGAAAAAUAUUCGAAAAACGCAACACUUACUUCCAGGUUUUUGGCAUUUGGGAACCAAAGUGUUUGAGAACCAAGGUAGCACUGCAUUUGCUUUUAUGGUCAAAUUACAGCUGGAAAAAGUGAUUGCUAGGGGGGCAGGGCUUGGAAAACAGUAAGGGGGUUGGGGAAAGGGUUCAACCGCCCUUCCCUGUGCACUGUAGUCCUGAUGUAGAUCAGGGUGCAUUUUCUGAAAAAUGAAGCGGUCGAGUUCACAUGUAACGCUAAACCUUGGGUGGGAGACCUUUCUGGUUCCGGUUCCAAAGAAUGUUCACAAACUGGAACACUCACUUCCGGGUUUGUGGUGUUCAGGAGCCAAAACGAUUGAGUCGCAAGGCGUUCGACUUCCGAGGUACGACGGUACUUUCUUGUUUUCCUUCCGCAGCUCCUAUCUUGAAUCCUGCCCAUGAUUUCUUUGACUGUAGUGUUUUUUCAAAUAGUCCACAAAGGGCCUCCAUUCUUCUAUAAAAUGUUCAUUAUUUUGAUCCCUUAAUACUGCUGUCAGCUUUGUAAAUUCCACAUAGUCCAUUACUUUUUAAAAGCCAUGUGGUUGUGGUGGUGAGACUUAGAUUGAUCUGAGAACAGCACUUGGUCUUGCUUUCGUUCUCUAUGUGGGGAAAAACCUUCCCACUGCACUUUCGGUGGUCUAUAUGCCUUGAGCAUGUGAGUUCACAAGGAAUGCAGUCAUUCUCCUCCUGUCCCCACGGCAAACCUUUAAGCUGGGUCUGGGGAGGACAACCCAUUUCUUAACAACUUGUUUGUGCAUGACAUACAAAUCCAAAACAUCAAGCUCUUCCUUGAUUCCUCUGGACCUCUGUGCUAACAAUGUCAUCUGUCUCUAAUAGGUAAAGACUUGCCUGAUCAAAAUCCUUUAAUUGCACAACGUUGUUUUGAAACGCCUCCACCGAUGGAACCUAACGCUAAUAUCGUGAUGUGCCCUGAUCAGAAGCCACUUGUUCUAGGUAUGUUCGGGUCUUGGGUGCAUUUUUUCUUGAAAAGUAAGCUAGCUAGCAGCAGCAAUAUGUCCCCCUCUAAGCUCCAUUUAGGGACGCAGGUGGAGCUGUGGUCUAAACCACUGAGCUUCUUGGGCUUGCUGAUCAGAAGGUUGGCGGUUCGAAUCCCCGUGACGGGAUGAGGUCCCGUUGCUUGGUCCCAGCUCCUGCCAACCUAGCAGUUUGAAAGCACACCAGUGCAAGUAGAUAAAUAGGUACCGCUGUGGUGGGAAAGUAAACGGUGUUUCCGUGCGCUGCUCUGGUUUUGGUGUUCCGUUGCACCAGAAGCGGCUUAGUCAUGCUGGCCACAUGACCCAGAAAAACUGUCUGUGGACAAACGCUGGCUCCCACGGCCUGUAAAGUGAGAUGUGUGCCGCAACCCCAGAUUCGUCUGCAACUGGACUUAACUGUCAGGGGUCCUUUACCAUUUUAAGCUCCAUUUGGAGAUGGGGCACAUGACCUGUUGAGAAGAGGCACAGAGGCCCAUGAUGGAAGAGGACUCUGCAUCAGGCAGUGAGAGACACAGUCCUCCUUGCGGUAGCUGUUUAGCAUUGCAGUCAAGGGUGACUUCAGCUUUGAGGGCAUCCUCAGCAUGGUGUCUUCUCCAUGGAGGGCAUCUUCCAAUAUUACUGGUGGGCUUGUUGCCGAAAUUAAUAUUGCUCCAUUUGAAGCAACUGGAAGCAUGAGAAUGGACUCCUUUUGGAAUAAAUCAUUGUCCGGACCCAUAAAAGUAUUAUUCAAACUUUUACUCUAAAAUAGAAUACGUAAAAUGUAUAACUGUUCUCUUCUAAAUGUGGAACUGAAGUUGGGGAAAUGGAAGGAGCUAGUAAGUUUUGGGGCCUCAGAGAGUGUAAGGCGAGUAAGUGAGCAUGUUUCUCAGCCUUACCCGCUGUUGUUCCUGGAUAUGGCCUUUUAAGUGGUGGCACCCCAGCUAUAGAAUGACCUUUCUAGAGGGCAUUUCCUGGGGCCUACACUGUUAGCAGUGUACACAUGAGAGUCCCAUGGACUGCAAGAAGAUCAAACCUAUCCAUUCUUAAGGAAAUCAGCCCUGAGUGCCCACUGGAAGGACAGAUCCUGAAGCUGAGGCUCCAGUACUUUGGCCACCUCAUAAGAAGAGAAGACUCCCUGGAAAAGACCCUGAUGUUGGGAAAGAUGGAGGGCACAAGGAGAAGGGGAUGACAGAGGAGGAGAUGGUUGGAUAGUGUUCUCGAAGCUACCAGCAUGAGUUUGACCAAACUGCGGGAGGCAGUGGAAGACAGGAGUGCCUGGCGUGUUCUGGUCCAUGGGGUCACGAAGAGUCAGGCACGACUAAAUGACUAAACAACAACAACACUGUUGUCAUUUCAGUUAUUCCAGAGAUUCAUGCUAUGGGCUGACAGUUCUUUUCUCCCCUCCCUUUUGUUUCAAAAUAGUGAUAUUGUGAAAUAAUAAUAACUACCAUCCCUUUAUUUAUCUUCUAAGAAUCUAAGGUAUUUUUAAUUUUUUUCUUCAGAAAACCUUGCCUUUAUAUAUAGUUGGCAGUCUGCAAACAUUAAAAUGACUGCAUUUGUACAUUAUUAUUAUUAUUAUUUUUAAAAAAUCUUGAUGUGUGAGAUGUAAGUAUAUAUGCAUUGUAAGUGCAGUUUGGGAAACUAUGUUUUCUUUCAGUUAGCUGAACGUUUUAAAGUGUUUUUCUAGUUCAAUGAUUGUAAAGAGCAGCAUAUAUGUUGCUUUCACAUUUACCUUGACCUAUUUUGUCCAAAUAUUUACUUGACAUUUGAGACCUUUAAAUUCUUUUAACAAUUUCUAUCCUGUUCUCUCUCUCUCUCUCUUUCACCAUCCUGAGAACUUGGUUAUAGGGUGGUCUUUAAAUAUUGCUAAUAAAAUAAAUGGAGGAAAUAUAGAAAAUGGGAAAGUAAGAAAUUGCAAGUCAGCCAUAGGAAGCUACUUUGCCCCUCAGGCCCAGUAAUGUCUACUCUGAUUGGCAGCAUCUCUCCAGGGUCUCAGAUGAAGAAGAGCCUCUCUCAUCACCUGAUCCCUGAUCCUUUUAAAUGGAAGGGGCCAGAGACUGAGCCGCAGUCCUCUUGUGUGCAGAGCAUGUUCUCUGACGCUGAGCUACAGACCCUUGGCCCUUAACAGAAAUGCUUAUUGAGGUGGGGACGUGGGUGGUUCUGUGGGUUAAACCACUGAGCCUAGGGCUUGCCAAUCAGAAGGUUGGCGGUUCGAAUCCCUGCGACGGGGUGAGCUCCUGUUGCUCGGUCCCUGCUCCUGCCAACCUAGCUGUUCGAAAGCACGUUAAAGUGCAAGUAGAUAAAUAGGUACCGCUCCAGUGGGAAGGUAAAUGGCAUUUCCGUGUGCUGCUCUGGUUCACCAGAAGCGGUUUAGUCAUGCUGGCCACAUGGCCCGGAAGCUGUACGCCGGCUCCCUCAGCCAAUAAAGUGAGAUGAGCGCCGCAACCCCAGAGUCGGUCACGACUGGACCUAGUGGUCAGGGGUUCCUUUACCUUUACCUUUAUUGAGGUGACGUUUUACUUUUGAUAGUUAUAGAAGUGCAGCAGAUGAAGAGCUACAGCAGCCCAUCUCUCCUCGGAGCCGGGACACAACUGAGAACCAACCCAGUUUCUCUUGCUUUCCAACAUGCAGGUAGGUUAGCUGAGUAGUUUUAGAGAAGAAGUGGGGGAACUUUGGUCCAGCUGGAUGUUGUUGGGUGAUAACUCCUUUGCCACCAUCCCUGAUUAUUUGCUGGUUAAUAAUAAUAAUAAUAAUAAUAAUAAUAAUAAUAAUUUAUUUAUACCCCACCCAUCUGGCUGAGUUUCCCCAGCCACUCUGGGCGGCUCCCAAUCAAAUGUUAAAAACAAUACAGCAUUAGAUAUUAAAAACUUCCCUAAACAGGGCUGCCUUCAGAUGUCUUUUAAAGAGAAGAUAGCUGCUUAUUUCCUUCACAUCUGAAGGGAGGGCGUUCCACAGGGCAGGCGCCACUACCAAGAAGGCCCUCUGUCUGGUUCCCUGUAACCUCACUUCUCGCAAUGAGGGAACCGCCAGAAGGCCCUCAGAGCUGGAUCUCAGUGUCUGGGCUGAACGAUGGAGGUGGAGACGCUCCUUCAAGUAUACAGGACCGAGGCCGUUUAGGGCUUUAAAGGUCAGCACCAACACUUUGAAUUGUGCUCGGAAACGUACUGGGAGCAAAUGCAGAUCUGUCAGGACCGGUGUUAUGUGGUCCUGGCGGCCACUCCCAGUCACCAGUCUAGCUGCCGCAUUCUGGAUUAAUUGCGGUUUCCGGGUCACCUUCAAAGGUAGCCCCACGUAGAGCGCAUUGCAGUAGUCCAAGCGGGAGAUAACUAGAGCAUGCACCACUCUGGCAAGACAGUCCGCAGGCAGGUAGGGUCUCAGCCUGCGUACCAGAUGGAGCUGGUAGACAGCCGCCCUGGACACAGAAUUAACCUGUGCCUCCAUGGACAGCUGUCAGUCCAAAAUGACUCCCAGGCUGCACACCUGGUCCUUGAGGGGCACAGUUACCCCAUUCAGGACCAGGGAGUCCCCCGCACCCGCCCGCUCCCUGUCCCACAAAAACAGUACUUCUGUCUUGUCAGGAUUCAACCUCAAUCUGUUAGCUGCCGUCCAUCCUCCAACCGCCUCCAGGCACUCACACAGGACCUUCACCGCCUUCACUGGUUCUGAUUUAAAAGAGAGGUAGAGCUGGGUAUCAUCUGCAUACUGAUGAACACCCAGCCCAAACCCUCUGAUGAUCUCUCCCAGCGGCUUCAUAUAGAUAUUAAAAAGCAUGGGGGAGAGGACGGAACCCUGAGGCACCCCACAAGUGAGAGCCCAGGGGUCUGAACACUCAUCCCCCCCCCACUUUCUGAACACGGCCCAGGAGGAAGGAGCGGAACCACUUUAUAGCAGUGCCCCCAGCUCCCAGCCCCUCUAGACGGUCCAGAAGGAUGUUAUGGUCGACGGUGUCAAAGGCCGCUGAGAGAUCCAGCAGAACUAGGAAACAGCUCUCACCUUUGUCCCUAGCCCGCCGGAGAUCAUCGACCAGCACGACCAAGGCAGUUUCAGUCCCAUGGUGAGGCCUGAAUCCCGACUGGAAGGGAUCCAAAUGGUCCGCAUCAUCCAGGUUGGGGUAGAUAGGAGUUGGGGCCACAAAUUCCCUACCCCUGGUUUAGGGAAACAGGGAGAGCAUGCAUCUUCUCAAUGUUCUGCCCUUAAUCAAGUUCUCUAAUUUGAACCACAACCUUCCCAAAAGACGAAUAUUGCAUACAUUGGUGGAUGUAUAAGAGAACCAUCCACAGUAAAUUGAUUGUGUGAACGGGCUUCAACAGACUUUUAUUGGAAGUAUAAAUGCUCAUUUAUCUUCACCCGGACAGAAGGAUGAAAGAAGUCUGUGAACAUGCCAAGGAACUGAUAAGGUUCAUUACUGAGUCAUCUUCAGUUCGACAGACCACUCUUCUUCCCAGGCUCAGAGGGAAAAUUGUGAAAACAGGUUAUUUAUUGGGAUGGUGAUUUUUGCAGCUGUUGUUAAAGUUGCAAAACAAAGAAGCAUGGGAUGGAGAGAUGGAGAAAUUUCUGAAACAACAAUGGGAUAGCGGCUCCACCCAAGGCGUGAUGGAGAACAGCAACAACCAGGAAAAGAGAGACAUAAAAUUUUACAAGGGCAGGAAGAAACAUCACGGACAGAAUAAUUGCCACACACAGGAAGAACAAGGAUAUAGAAUGUGUCUAUAUGAAUGGAAGUUGUUAAUAUUGCAGUUGUUGUAUAAGGGAUUCUUAUUUUGACCGGAAUGUAAUUGACAUUAGUAAGAUUUUGCAAUGCAGAAAUAAAGAAAAUAAUCAAACCAUCAAAUCUAGCACGCGGGGGGUUGUGCAUCCAAAUUAUAUAAUUCAGUAUUUGAAUGAUUGUUAUUAGUAAUUGUAUUAUAAUUUGGCAUUUUUAUAAUGGGGAUAUUAUUGAAUGGUAAUUAAAAAAAAAUUAGCAUCUUAAGAAGCAGAGACAUCACCUUGCCAACAAAGGUCCGUAUAGUUAAAGCUAUGGUUUCCCAGUAGUGAUGUAUGGAAGUGAGAACUGGACCAUAAAGAAGGCUGAUCGCCAAAGAACUGAUGCUUUUGAAUUAGGGUGCUGGAGGAGACUCUUGAGAGUCCCAUGGACUGCAAGAAGAUCAAACCAAUCCAUUCUUAAGGAAAUCAGCCCUGAGUGCUCACUGGAAGGACAGAUCCUGAAGCUGAGGCUCCAAUACUUUGGCCACCUCAUGAGAAGAGAAGACUCCCUGAAAAAGACCCUGAUGUUGGGAAAGAUGGAGGGCACAAGGAGAAGGGGACGGCAGAGGACCAGAUGGUUGGACAGUCUUCUCAAAGCUACCAGCAUGAGUUUGACAAAACUGUGGGAGGCAGUGGAAGACAGGAGUGCUUGGUGUGCUCUGGUCCAUGGGGUCACGAAGAGUCAGACAUGACUAAACGACUAAACAACAAAUUGAAAAUUAAUAAAAUUAUUAUCAGAACAGGCUUCAAAGAACAAGCUUUGAACUAAGAUGAAAUAUUUUCACUUGGAGAACAGAAAUAGAGAAGUAAGGAGAAUGAGUUCUAGAUCUAUCUACAAGAAUUCUGACUCGCUCUUCACCUUAAGGGCCCAGGGUGCGUUAUAGCAACAUAGGAUUGAAUCCAGUGAAGUCAUCCCAAUUGUGCAAGAACUUCUGCUUAUGUGACUGAACUUUCAUUUCCUCUCUUCCCUCUAUGCACCCCCAAAUCUGUUGUAGGUUUCACCCCAACCCCUCAGAGCAGAUUCCUUUGCACAUGCAAAAGUCCUUGUUUGAACAUGACAUCUUUUGUGAUUAUUAUUAUUUAUUGAAUGUAUAUAUAUGGAUACAACCCAUAAUAUAUAGUUAUAGAAACAGAUAAACCAAUCUCAGUUAGGGAUAUUGGCCAAGUCAGAUAAAAAUGGAAAUGGGAGCAGAAAUUGCCAAUGCUUGCUCAUUGGUCCUAUGUCUGGAACGGAAAUAAGUCCAGUGAAUAUGAUCCAUAUUUGCCGUAGUUGCUUUCAGCCCACAAAUGAGACAUAAUUUAUUACAUUCUCUAAUAGCUACACAGAUCGCAUAAGUUAUGUAAUUUUGUCAUAGUGGGCAACAAGACAAAUAAUGUACUUCUUAGCAGAAGACAAAUUGCAGCAUAGCAGAAACAGUGCUGCGUGUGACAACUACAGGAGUGAACAAAAAGCGAUGCCCUCUUAGACCCCUAGUCACAAUUAUAAAAACAAGCAAAACUGUUCCACCAGUCUUCUUUCUACCUAUAAAGGAUGGGACCCUUGCUUUCCUAAGUAAACAAAUCCUAAAUAAAUAAAGCCAAAAUCUGCAGCAAUGUUGAUAACAGGAAGAAAGCAUACAUAGACUUGCUUGCUAAUGUUAGCCUUUUUCAGGCGUAUACAUGCUCUGUUUACAAUUGCUCAGAAAUCAUAUAUUUCCAUGAUUUCCACUUGAAUUUAUAUCUUCUCAGGAGACCAUCCAAGGCCUGUCAUGAAGAUGUUGGCUUUUCUGACCCUAAUAUUCUUGUUGGGCAUCUUUUCUGGUAUGUUCCUCAAAGAGCUAGCCUAAGCACAUUUUUUUGGUUAUAUAAUCUGCAGAAUAUAUUUGUGAUGUGCAUUUAUUUGUAAUGUGUAUCAAAUAUAGACUACUAAAAACAGGGAUCCAUUGAGACCUUGACUUCUACUAAGUCACACUUAUGUGUGCUGUAUGUCUAUGUGCAUGCACACACGAGAGUGAAUUUGUGUGUGGUGGCCAUGCAAAAAUAUCUGGGGUGUUCACAUGUUAACAUUCUGUGUACACAAAUUGUAGAGUUUUACAAAUCAACAAGGAUAUCCUUUUUCACACACUUGUACAGUUUGUACCUGUGUUCAGCGUAAUGUGAACAAGUCUACUAUUGCCAUCUUGCCUCUGAGGCCUAGCACCAACCAACAGGCAGAUUUGGAUUACAGUGGUACCUCAGGUUACAUACGCUUCAGGUUACAUAUGCUUCAGGUUACAGACACCGCUAACCCAGAAAUAGUGCUUCAGGUUAAGAACUUUGCUUCAGGAUAAGAACAGAAAUCGUGCUCUGGUGGCGCAGCGGCAGCAGGAGGCCCCAUUAGCUAAAGGGGUGCUUCAGGUUAAGAACAGUUUCAGGUUAAGAACAGCCCUCCGGAACAAAUUAAGUACUUAACCUGAGGUACCACUGUAAUUUUUCAGCUGCCCAGUGGAUAGCCAUGAGAUGAACCGAGAUUUCCAAAUGAUAUAGAUCUUGCCAAUUUUUGUUCCACUACAAUAAGCAUGCUUUAAUGAAUUUGGUGGAUAAACGUAUUUUCAACUGUGCUACACUAGAGAAGAGGCAUAAUACAAUGUUCUGCUGAUUAAUCCUGAUAAAAGUGUAUGGGUUUUUUGAUUGGUUCAGAAAGCCAUUAAUGUGGUACAUGUUUCCUUCUAGGAUUUCUGUACGGCUUGUGCAACCCCUCUGAUACCUUCAAGCAGGUGAUGAAGGUACAGCUGAGGUAAAACAACUUCCUCAAUGGAUGUACGGCACACUGUCAUUUUGAAUUCAGCCCGAGGCAAAAACACGCAAAUGCAGUUUGAUUCUCCUGGAUGAGCUUAGCAGAGGCAAAGAUGAAAACCCAUGCUCCAAAGAUGGGGGCAUGUGGCUCUUCAGAUCUUGUUGGUCUCCAACCAGCAUCAGCUGCAGCCAGAAUGGUCCAUAAUCAGGGAUGAUGGGAGAUGUAGGCCAGCCACACCUGGAAGGCCAGAUGUUCACCACCCUUGGAUAAGGCCAGUAUGGGGGACCUAUGGGCCUCCAGAUUUUGUAUCGUUCCUUACUAUUGGCCCUAAAGUUUGGGCCUGAUGGAAAUUUGAAGUCCAGUGCUCUCUAGAGGGCCACAGGUUCCCCUACUCUGCCAUAAUCCAUGGGUUAGUUUUGAAUGGCGAUAUCUGUACCUCCUAAAAUGCAAGCUGAUAAUUGCACAGCAAGGCAGAAGGUGGUUCUUGUAAAAGGCUGGUGAUAUCUACACACACACACACCAUAAGAAAGAAGCACGAUUAUACUCUGAUAAAGAUGCGACUCAGGUCCUGGCUGGCAACUAAAAUAUAGUAGGAAGAGAGAUUGAUGUGUCUGCAACCUUUGGCAGGCUGCACACCGAAAGAAUAUUUUAGCACUGACCUUCCUGUCAGCGUGAAUGAAGAAGAAAACUGGUUUGUAGUAGGUGUUGUUUUGCAGAAAAGGCCCUCAUCCCUCACUUGCAAUGAAAGGUGUCAGGAAGCAGGAGGAAAUCAAUAGUAAAACAAGGAAUUAAUACGGCUCUCUGAUCACUGGCACAAGGCAAAUGACCAUUUUAAUACGUCCGAUAUAUAGAUCUGGAAAUUCAGAUACAAAUUCCCUAUGAUGUAUGACUCCUGGAAAAAUAAGUCUAAUAUCUAUCCCUCUCUGCUUCUAAAAUUUGAUGAUAUUCUGAUUUGUUCUUUUUUUAAAAAAGAAGAGCAAAUUCCCCACCCCACAGGACCCUACAGCCACACAAUCCAUCCUUUGACCCCAUGGUGAGCUAUUUUGCUUAGGCUUAAGCAAUAUUGUGGAUAUUUUGAUUGUUUUGCACAUUUCUGCUUAGUCGCCAGAAUGAGGCCCUUCAGCAGAAUCUUCAGAAACAGAUCAGUACUUUCCGUCAAAACGUUGUUGGUCUCCAGAGCCUCGUAGAUGCCAUCGGAAGUGUCCAUGGACACUGGGAGUCCCAGAAGGUGAGGAUCACCUGAGCUACAAUUUAUUUACACUUCUGACUUAUAAUAACUAAUUAUCAGUUAUCACUGGCUAGCAGUCAAUCAGGUAAUGCAUCCCUUUGAAAGUGAACUGACAAAUCAAAGAAAUUCGCCCACAUAAGCCAAGACAUAAGGGACGCAGGUGGCACUGUGGGUUAAACCAAGAGCCUAGGACUUGCCGAUCAGAAGGUCGGCGGUUCGAAUCCCCACGACGGGGUGAGCGCCCGUUGUUCGGUCCCAGCUCCUGCCAACCUAGCAGUUCGAAAGCACGUCAAAGUGCAAGUAGAUAAAUAGGUACCGCUCUGGCGGGAAGGUAAACGGCAUUUCCGUGCACUGCUCUGGUUCGCCAGAAGCAGCUUAGUCAUGCUGGCCACGUGACCCAGAAGCUGUCUGCGGACAAACGCCGGCUCCCUCGGCCUAUAGAGUGAGAUGAGCGUGCAACCCCAGAGUCGGUCACGACUGGACCUAAUGGUCAGGGGUCCCUUUACCCUUUACCUUUAAGCCAAGACUGGCACAAGAUGUUGAUUAAAAUUUCUUGUAACAAUUUUAGUCAUGAAAAAAGACAUUCAAUUUGACCAUCUCAGAAAAAAUCUACAGAGGCAAUAAUAUUUUGAUGGUGUUUAUAAAAACAAUAUUUACUAGAAAAUCUUCAAAAUCCAAAUAUUUCCCACACAGAUCAUAUUGGUGAACGUAGCCUACUGAGAACCACAUACAAUCAGGGAUAAUAAAAAUGAACACUUUGUGAUAUAAUUGAUAUGAUGGUCUUUUUGUAUUUAUAGGGUCAGUGUUAGCUGCCUGUGUCCUUGUGGAAAGGUGGGAUAUGAGUUUAAUAAAUAAAUGAAUCCUUCACAGUCUUUUCACAGCGAUUCCUAAGAAAUCACCCAAAGAGGAGAGCCUUGUGCUACUCUCAUGAAGAUUUUUGCAAAAUGCCUUUUCUCCACAGUCAGCCAUAAACAGGGCUAUCGGAGAAGAAGAAGAAGAAGAAGAAGAAGAAGAAGAAGAAGAAGAAGAAGAAGAAGAAUUAAUACCUGACUGAUCUGGCUGGGUUGGCAUCCAUCUAUUCUAAGUCAGCUGUGCUGGUUGUUAAGUUCUUGGCCCCAUUCAUGGUGGGAUGAAAGUUAAAUUUGUUGUUGUUGUUUAGUUGUUUAGUCAUGUCCGACUCUUCGUGACCCCAUGGACCAGAGCACGCCAGGCACUCCUGUCUUCCACUGCCUCCCGCAGCUUGGUCAAACUCAUGUUGGUAGCUUUGAGAACACUGUCCAACCAUCUCAUCCUCUGUCGUCCCCUUCUCCUUGUGCCCUCCAUCUUUCCCAACAUCAGGGUCUUUUCCAGGGAGUCUUCUCUUCUCAUGAGGUGGCCAAAGUAUUGGAGCCUCAGCUUCAGGAUCUGUCCUUCCAGUGAGCACUCAGGGCUGAUUUCCUUCAGAAUGGAGAGGUUUGAUCUUCUUGCAGUCCAUGGGACUCUCAAGAGUCUCCUCCAGCACCAUAAUUCAAAAGCAUCCAUUCUUCGGCGAUCAGCCUUCUUUAUGGUCUAGCUUUCACUUCCAUACAUCAAUACUGGGAAAACCAUAGCUUUAACUAUACGGACCUUUGUUGGCAAGGUGAUGUCUCUGCUUAUGAAGAAAAUAACUCAAUACUUCUGGUAUGGAUGCUCUUGUGAGUUCACCAAAGUCAUAAGGUUCCUCCUCUAAUUGGUGGUUCCCCUCAUUUUCCUCCACUGAUCCCUGACUGCUUUGUUGAAGCUUUUCCCUCACCACAACCCCCACUUCCAGACAUUGUAUAUUCCCCUCUUGGCCACAUCAACCGGGGAAAAGACUCAGGAUGGGAGAAGAGAAAUUAUUUCUAUAACCUGCAGUAUCGGGCAUGUGUUUGUAUAGCGGAAGGUGGGCUCUCUCUCCUACACCUCAAUUGUAUAUUUUUUUGUGACAGCAUCUCUUCAAGCAAUUGGGGGGCACUGCAGUGGAAAGCAACCAGAUUGAAAAAGAAGACUUUGCCCUGAAAUCUGCAGGUAAGAAGAGGGUAAAGAUGGAGUGGGAGACAAACACUAGGAGGCAGCAGAGCUUCAAGGGAACAGUGAGACAGAGACAAGCGAGUGGGGAAGAGAGGUGGUGUUGGGGUGCAAGCAGCAGCGAUAUAGCAUGAGGGGAGUAACUCCUCCCUUGAAUCUGUUGAUUUCUGGUGUGUGCAAAUAUUUAUCCACUAGAAUAUUGCCUGCAGGCUUCUAACUUCAUAUUAAUAUGGAAUACCCUCCAACAUUUCUCCAAGGGAAACAGGGACGUCCUAAGGAAAAGUGAUAGGGAUGAUGGUGGCGCUGUGGUCUAAACCACAGAGCUUUGGGCUUGCCGAUCAGAAGGUCGGCGGUUCGAAUCCCCGCGACGGGGUGAGCUCUUGUUGCUCGGUCCCAUCUCCUGCCAACCUAGCAGUUGGAAAACACAACAAGGCAAAUAGAUAAAUAGGUACCGCUCUGGCGGGAAGGUAAACGGUGUUUCCGUGCGCUGCUCUGGUUCUCCAUUAGGUCCAGUCCUCCGCGACUGGACCUAAUGGUCAGGGGCUACCUUUACCUUAAGGAAAAGUGGGACAUUCCAGGAUCAGAUCAGAAACUGGGGUGGCUUCCAUAAAUCCGGGACUUUCCCUGGAAAAUAGGGAUACUUGGAGGGUCUGAUAUGGUAUAAUCGCACCAUUCUACUAUGUAGGCUUUACGGCAAAGGUAGGGCGUUUCAGGUAGCUGUUCCCCAAAUUACAUGUCGGAAGGGAAAGGAGGGUGGGGGGAAAGGAAGCCCAAAUGGAUGACAUGAUGGAAGGCGAGUGCAGGGGGAGGAGAAUCUCUCAGGACCAGACCAAUCUGUCCCUCCCCCAGGAACCCAUUUGGUGGGCAGGAAAGGGAAUGGGAAGAGAGAAAGAUGAUUGAGUUAUCAGAGAGAGAGAAAGAGGGAGAAGGGAUAGUAGAAAGAGGGGAGAAACAGGCAGUGCUCCCCCUGGGGGUACUCAGGGGUAUGCAGUACCGUCAUCCCCAAACAUUUAAAGUGUGGCACUUACUUUAACAAUUUAUGGUGAGUACUGGCACCUUUUUUUUUUUAAAAAAAAAGCUCUAUAGGAUUUGCUUGAUGAUCACAUAUCGUGGCAGCUACUGAUAGACUCAACAAAGGAAAAUGAGAGGGAUGAACUCUGUAGAAACGUAUUUUUAAAAAAAUGAAGAACGGGACAUUCCAUUGCCAAAUGUUCAUUCUAGGAGUCGUGGUGGAAGUAAUGAAACAAAUCCAUAUUGGAGGCUGUUUGACUUGAACUGGGAAACCCCGAUAGAUUUGCGGUUAGCACUUGCCAACUGUGAUAUUUUAAUUCUGAUUGGAUUCUCUAUGUUUCUCUUACUAAUUUUUGAUUUUUGUGUGUGUGUGGAACCCUCCCUAUUUAAUGCCCUAAUAUCUGUAGGCGCAUCGAUCGUAAAAUUCAGCACAAGCUAUGAAACCGGAGCGCAGGUUUGCAUGUUGGGGCUGUGCUGGGAUUACUCACGAGCACCGGAAGUGAUUCUUGAGGUAGGAAUCUUGGAAAGCAAUGUUUGGGGUCCUUCUCAAUUUUUUUGACUCCUCGCCACUACCUCUCAAGCAUCCGGCAGAGAAAUCCACCUACCCUCCAGUCUCAGUGGCAUGGAUUAUUUGUACACCCCUAUUUAGCCAAGAGCCCCCCCCCAAAGCCGGAAACACUAAUACACAUUAAGACAAAAGAAAUAUACAGUAAAAGCACAACACAUGAAACUGUAACUAUUUAAUCACUGAACGUCACUUUCAAUUCCUUAUUUGCAUAUGUGGACCUGAGUGAAAACUAUCUACAGUAUCCUUCUGCUGGCUCAGGGUGAGAACUUCAGUACAUAACAGGCAGAGUGGGGCAUAACGGGGUGGGACAGGCUUAUUAUAUAUGUUCUGCCAACGGGGUCAGGAAUGCAACAGAUUAUGUCCCACUAAGAGCAAGUCCCAGGAAGGUAUUCUGUACCAAAAGCAGCCUCUUAACACUCUUCCAAUAGUUUUGCUUCCCAGUGACAACCAGAUAAAGGUGUCCAGACACGUUGACUUCUAUCUUGUGUUGGCUGCCAGAGUAGGGACAAACUCUUGUUCCCCCCAGCACCACCACCGUUGGGGACUUGUAAAGAGUUACUUGAGUCUUUAGUGUAAUUCGGAUACAAACGACACUUAUUUUCUGAAUUCUCCAGAUUUGUGUCUGCUCUUUUCUUGAUAGGCAUGAGACUGUUUUGUUUUUCAGCGGGAUAACACCCCUGGGAAUUGUUGGGCCAUGCAAGGUUCUCAAGGCUAUGUCGUCAUCAAAUUGUCCGAAGCCGUCUGCCCGGUCGCUGUGACCCUGGAUCAUAUUUCAAAGAAAAUUUCUCACACAGAAGAAAUAACCAGUGCUCCAAAGAACUUCUCUAUCUACGUGAGUAAAUUCCCUAUGAUUUUCAGGACUUUGCAUUGAGAAAUUUUAAAGGUGGAAGUUUUUGGUUUUUUUUAAAAAAAAGAACACUUAUCAAUGUUUGUAUAAUAACCUUUGGUUCAUUUCUUUGAAGCCUCUUAUCAUAUCUCUUCAGCUUUCCCCUUUUGUCUCUUCUCAGGGAUUCAAAGAUGAUUUUGAGAAGGAGGAAGGGAACUUUUUAGGGUCAUUUGUCUACAGAAUCGAUGGUUUCCCUACGCAAACUUUUAAGCUGGAGGUAUUAUUAUUAUUAUUAUUAUUAUUACUAUAUUUCAUUUCUAUAUUGCUUUAUAUUUUUAAGAAAAAUCUCUAAGUGGUUUACAGCAUAUUAAAACACCAAUGAAACUAUCCAGAAUCAAACAUUUCUGAAGAAAGUCAAAUAUAGAGUAUACAGUCAAAGCAACAUAACUAACAGAAAACUAAACUUCUAUCUUAAAGAUUGCAAAAUAAAACAUUACAAAGGAGGUCAGCUACAGAAUACAUAUUUAACAUAAAGUUAACAACAACAACAAAUCUUAAAAGUUUCAAAAAAACCCACCGCACCCCAAAACAUUGCUAAAUGAAAUCAAAUAUAAAAUGCACAUUUAAAACAGCAUAAUUAACAAGAGAAUAAAAUAUUGUAAGUAUGAUACGGCUGUUUGGCAGGCACAAAAAGAUGGGGCAAAAGAAUCCAAUAGUUAGGGUUUGCCACAGAACAUGGGGGAAAAGAACACACAGGGUUUGAAAGAUGGAGUCACCCACCCAGACACAAAACACCACAAUCUUCUAAUCGUUCUGUCAGUGCAAGUGUUUUUGCUUCCCAGGUGGCACAAUCCCCUCUCUUUUCUCUCCCCCCCACUAUUCUAGGGGUUCUCCUGACCCCUGAGAGGGGAUUUGGGGGGCUGCGUGAAUGGAGAUGAGGUGGCAAUAGUGCUAGUUGGAAACCUUGCUCUUAGCUGAAUCUGGCCCCUUGAUUUUUCCUGGAAGUCUCGGAGAGAGCUGUCGUCUGCACUUCACUAAAAGGCCAGAUGUUAAUUUAGCAUGGCAUUCUGAACACCCCAAAGUAUAAUAUGCGAUUACUCUGAGUUUAGGUUACCAACCACAGCCAAUUUUUUGGGGUGGCCUUGACCAGUAAAACUCUGCUCUAUCAGUUAGCCAACCCUGGUAUCUAAGAAGCUGGGAAUGUCCAGCUUUUAUUAUUCACGUUAUUAAUGAAAAUAUUUGUAACCUGCCUCUUGACCAAAGAUCCCCAAAGAGGCUACUGGCAUAUAUAAAAACAGCAACGUCAACAAUUCAGAGCAAACGAAAUGGAUAGAUAGGUGGGUUUAGUAUUCAGAUUUAGAUGAAUAAUUGUUAUGACGAUAACUGGUUAGUGAAAUGAUUAACCAAUUGAAACAAAUAGGGCAUCUCAGAUACCGGCACUGAAUUUAGGGCGCCAAAAUGGGGGGGGGGAAGGGAAGCAAAAUUGGGGAGAUCCAUUUGAGGGCACCACAGUUUGACCUCGCACAAGACGCCAUAUUACCAAAGCCCGCCUCUGCAGAUAUGAAACUGUGACAAAUAUGGAUGGCAAGAAAGAGGUGUUAAAGAUCAUGUAUCUCAGUGGGAGCUUUCUGAAGAUUUCCUCCAGGGUUUUUAGACUAGGAAAGAAUGAUCAGAAGGAAGGGCAUACUUUCCUCCCUAGUUUAGGAUGAUAUAAUCUCUAUCCCUGUGUGUAUGUCUAUGAAAGGGAACAACGGGAAUGGGAUGUAGUUUUGGAGAGACCUGGAGAAGCACGACGAAGAGAGCUGAGCUGUGUUUUGAGCUCUGCAAGUUCUGGAGACGGUCAUUUAAGGGGACUGCUACUCCCCAGAGAAAAGAUCUCUGUGUGUGUGUCAAGGUGGCAUAUGUGGUUCUGCUUCCUUUCCCCCAUGUUUUAUCCAAUCAACCAGGGCUUUGUUUUUUCAGCCGGAACUGACUGGAAUUCAGUUCCGGCACCUCUCAGGUGGGCACCAUUGCCAUUAUAUAGGAGAACAAGGGAGGCGUUUGUGGUGAGUUCCGGCACCUCUUUUUCUAGAAAAAAUAACAACACUGUUCUCAACAACCCUGUGAGGUUGGUUAGGCUGAGAGAUGGAGAGUGUCACCCGGGGCUGAGUGGGGAUUUUGUUCUCUGGUCUCCCAGCUUCUAGGCCAACACUCUAACCACAUCAACGCACAGAUGUUACUAAAGGUCUCUGAAUUUCUCUUGCCAAUAGCUUUGCUGUGCCAUUUAGCUCACGUAUCUCAAUGGUGGGGGAUAUGGAGGAAUUCACAACAAAACAUAGGUGCCAACUCCUGGGGCCCUGGGUGACCGAGCACCCACAAAGUUCCCCAUGAAGGGGCCGGGCACUCACAAUUUUCUGUGCCAGGUUCAUGCAUGCCACAUGGCACCCACAGUUGCGGUGCCAAGUUGGCACUCAUGCAACAAAAUAUACUUUACAGGAAGCAAACCGUAACCUUUUAUUUCUGUCCCUGUAUUUUCAGAGAGAAAAUUCAGGUAAAUUUCAAUACCUGCUCUUGAAGAUUUUGAGCAACUGGGACCAUCCAAACUACACCUGCAUCUAUGGGCUUCGUGUGUAUGGAGAACGAAUGGAGUGA